AUGAACCCAGCCGUUCAGCAUUUGCCGUUAUCUGCAAUUGUGUACGGGAGGAUACAAGAGAUGAUAGGCGUCGUGUGUGCCGCCGUCUUGGCACGCGUUGAGAGUUCCUCCAACAUCGGGAAUAAGACAGAGCCUAUCGUGACUGAGUACUCGGAUGAGCUCUUUUCUUCCAAUGCGGACGCCGGUAGCAGCCUGGUCGCUCAGCUGACUCCCAGAGCAAUCAACAAGACGACGACAGAGGAGGAGAGAUUCGCUGGCCCGAUUUCUUCGUGGUUUGGAAACGCCGUGCGUGGACUGUACUCGAAGACGGCCGACCCUGCGGGUCUAGUUGAGCGUGCUUUUGCCUGGCUCGUGUCGACAUUGCAUCUCCGGUCCUGGGCAAUAAUGGGUCGCGACCCUUCCGAUCUUGCCAACUUCCUCAAGCUUCCCAAAGGUCACGCCCUUUUUGAAAGCUGGGAACUCAGGCUACUGGAAAGAUACAUCGAUCUCCAGCCAGGAGAGAAACAGGCUAAGACAACACUGCUGCUGGACGCGUUACUGGGACAAUAUAGUAAUGAGGCUGAGUUGGUGUCGGUGUUGAUUACGUCCGCAACUCACAAUCAUGACCUCAAAGCGCAGGAAUUGCUGGACGCAUUGAUAGCCAAGUCGGUGACGGCUGCGAAGUCGUUUGACGAAAUGGUGGACAGGUUUGGCAUCGAUGCUAAGCCGGCAAUGGCUUUGUACAAGCUCGCUCAAUCUCCUCAAAACGGCCUACACUUGAAAGCACUGUUGAGUGCACUGUAUGCCAAGUGGCGAGUUGCUGGGGAAAAGACGAAGUAUACGUUGCUGGACUUGGUGGUGGCUAAUUUUGGUGACGAGGUCGAGUUUGAACGAGUUUUGGUCGAUUUUGCUUUCGACAAUAUGUACCGUAGGACAUCAAACGCAUUGCUGGAAGCAUUGAUUACGAAGAGGCAGCGUGCCGGGAAACCAUUACUGAACAUUUCAAAAGACACGAGACUUUUUGCCAGCCGGAAACUGGACCUGCUGCAACGGUACCUCCUUUUCCUUCGUCCAGAGGGAGAGACCGAGAUGACGUUGCUGGACGCAGUGGUGGGCAGCUGGGGCAGCCCUGCUGGUGAGGCUGAGCUUGCACCGAUUGUGUUUCAGUCCGUAUCCGCCAGCGAUAAACCUACACUAGCGGAACAUUUGUUUCUGGGCUUGUUACGUAAGUGCGUAGCGGAUGAGAAACGGAUGGAAGACGUGCUAGCACUGUUUAAGAUCGAAGAGUUGGGAGCCGGCAUUUUCGUUCAUCGUCGGAUGACAUGGUUGCAGAAGCUCAAGGGUAUCUAUGAAGAGGAAUCAGUAGUCAAGAACGAGAAGACAUUGAGUCAACUCUUGAUAGAAGAGUUUGCUGGAGAAGAAGGGAAACUUGCCAUCAUGGCUAUGAAGGCAGCGAAUGAUGUCGAAGCCGAUCAACUGCAAGCAAAAUUGGUGCUGUGUGACCUGUUUGAAACGGAGAAGAACAGUCCGGGCUAUUUGGAGCGCGUGUUGUCCCAAGAAAAGUUCGCCGCUGAGGAUACCGCGGCAAUCCGAAAGACGUACCUUAAAGGGAAGUGGCAGGUUAAGUGA